AAAAGUACUUAUUCUAUCAAGUAUUGUUUUCUUAAGUUCCACCACCACCACCUGAUCGUAAAUCCCUCCCAUCGGUGUCAAGAUUAAAAUAUAAACAAUACAUUUUUUCUUUUUUAUUAAGUGUUUACCUGGUUUUGACAUUUCACUGAUCAAAAUAAAUAUCACUAUACACAUAAUUUGGUCUUAGCACUAGCAUCGUUAAUACUAUUCGUUAUUAUCAGAAAAAAUGUAAAUAAAAACGAUGGGUAUGAGUAACCCAAGUCCAAGUUCAUUUGUAGGUGAAUGUUUAAGCUGGGACUUAAGUUUCUUCAAUAAUUGUUCCAAUGAAGAUGAAGACAGUGAAAUACUUACAGCAUUGGUUCGGACAUCUUACAUGAAUCAUCUUCAGCGAUCUCUUGUGAAGAACUAUGAGCAUUGGCUGGAUUCUAGCAAAGAUAGUGAUGACUUGGAUUGCUCUAAAGAAGACAUAUUAAAAUGUGCCAAAUUUUUGGAACACAAGGCUUUGAGAGCUUGUAUGGUGGCAAGCUAUUACCAGCGGGCUAUGGUUAAAACUAUGAAAGAAAUCAAAAGGUCAACUGAAGAAGGAAGUCUUUUUAGUCCACUUAUUGAACAUGUAUUUGAUAAUAAAAUAAAAAACCGUUGUGAAAAAGGUACUCAAACAAGCAUAAGCUUGACCAAUUGUAAAGUAGAAUCACCUGAACUAACAGAAGAUAUCUUACAAAUGCGGCAAACAAAAGAAACUUCGACUAUUGAUAUCACUCUGGAAAAUUCUAAUGUAAUUAUUUUCAACCCUUGUACUACUGAUAAUUGUGAUAAUGAUAAAGGAAACAAUGACUUGGAAGAUCUGUUUAAUAUACUUAUGACAUCUCCGAAUUUCUCAGAAAAAAAUGAUAGUGAUAAAGGUCCUAGCCCAAAAAAAAGAAAACAUGAGGAAGAAUCUAUUGAAAAUAUAAUUAAUCUUGAUAAUGUAAGUGUGUCUAAUGAUUUGACUGAUUCUGGUUUUGUUGGUGAGAAAACAAAUUCAAGCAAUUUAGAUGAGAGGCUUCAAAAGUUUGCUGCUUUGUUUGGUGAAGAUGAAUCUGAUUCGAAUCCUAAAAUACUGGGAAACACAAACGAAGCACUUGUAAUCAAGUCUCUAAAUAAUACCAUUGAAGAUACCUCUUCGACUUAUGACAAUGAUAGCAUGAUUUUGGAAGACAAACCUUUUAAGCUAGCAUUAGACUGGAAAUCUGAAUAUGCUGCUCAAAACUGUAAUUUGAAAUGUAUAUUAGCACGUUUAAAUCCUAUUAAAAAGGUUAAAGUUCAAAAAAAGUUCAAGGAACUGUUUGGCAUCGAUAAACCAAUGUAUUUAGAAAUUUCUUUAACCGAAGCUGCAUUGAGCCGAAAGCGAACUGCCAAUUUAGUUGUUGGAGCUCUUACUCCUCAUUAUUUAGGAGGUAAAAUUGCCUCUAGAAAUAUUUUCAAGUCCCUUGCCAAGAAGAUAACUGAUGACAUUUUGCUGGUUACUAAUGUAGCGGGUUUAGAAGAGGUCACUGAAAAAGUGAAUGCUUACUUUGAAAAUGGAAGGUGUAUCAAUUCAGAAAAAGAUGUAAUGAAUGCAUGAAACGAGAUUGUUCUUAGCAUAAUUGUGUUCUCGGAUAAUUUGAGGUCCUAGUGAAAACAAUAUUUUUUAAAAUAUUGACACUCUAAAACUGCAAUUUUAUUUUUAAUAUUGAUUCUGUAUAUAUCUGAAAUUGUAAUUAGUUGUAUGAUAGCGUGAAGUGUAAUAAUUAGUUAAUGUUUUUACAUUGUUUUAGUUUUUGUUUUUUUAAUAUCCUUAUAUUGUGACCAAAGUAUUCAAAUUACUAAUCUUAAACUUUAAUUUUUUUUGUUUUAAAAAAGGAAAAUAAAUGUAUAUUACUUAUAAUAAUUAGGUGAUGUUUAAUACACUUAUUUUGAUGUAUUA